CAGCAACAAAUUUCAACGAGUGAUACCAGUUCAACGUCACGUGACAUUAGUACAACUACAACGGCCAGCAAUGAUGGCAUUAGCGAAAGCAUUGGCACCGAUGGCAGCAAUAGCUGUCGAAAAGGUGCUGCAAAGUUUUUAUUAAGAAAACGUAAAACCAAGAAAUCUCCAAAAGAAACUAAAUCCUUGAAAUCUCAGGAAAAGCCCUGUGUUAAAUGUGUGGUUGUUGGUGAUUGUGCCGUGGGGAAAACCAAUUUAAUACUAUCAUAUCUUGAAAAUCGUUUCAAUACGGAGCAUGUGCCUACAGCAUCAGAUAUUUAUAACGCUGAUGUCAUGGUCAACGAUAGUCCAGUGCAUUUAACACUCUGUGAUACAGCCGGUCAGGAUACCUUAGAUCCACUGCGUGAACUAUGCUAUCCAGAUAGUGAUGUAUUUUUGUUAUGUUUUUCGGUGGCUAAACCAGAAACAUUCCAUGCCAUCAAAACUAAAUGGGCGCCAAAAUUUGCCAAAACAAAAGCAUCGUUGAUGUUGGUCGGUACCCAAGCGGAUUUGCGUACAAAUACCAAUGUACUGAAUAAAUUACAGUCUAAUGGUGAACAACCAAUCUCGUAUGCAGAUGCCUGGGACCUGGCAACUACAAUUGGUGCAAAAUAUAUUGAAACUUCAUCAGCAACACAGGAUAAAGUUAAAGAAGUCUUUGAUACAGCCAUUUGGGAAGGCUUGGCACCAUCUAUAUUACCACCCACACCGGCACCAUUAUGGAAGAGAUUAUUCUGUUUGGCCUAA